UAGUAGUAAUGAUUUUGAUUAUAAUUUUCUGUCUCUUUGAUAUUUACUUCCACAGAACAUCAGCAGAAGGAAGUGAAGAGUCCUCAAGGAGCUUUUUUGGAUUUCUUCGAAGGAAAUGCUCAUCAGAAACUCUAAGCCAGGAGGGCUUCUUCUCCUUAAUGCAACCAAUUUGGCUGAGGGAUAUGUACAGACCUCUCAAAGCCACAAGCAAGAAAAACAUGGUCCAGAAGUUACAUGACAAGAACUCUUCUGAUGACAAAGAGAUUUUCCAAAAGAAGCGAAAAGAGUAA